AUGUCAGAAAAUCAAGACGAGAGCCAGGCCAACGAUGUGGUGGUUCCCAUUUACUGCCUCACAACCCUGACCCAAGCAGAACAAGACAGCCUCCUCGCCGCUCUCGAAAACGAACGCAGCGAUGACAACGCCGAGCCCCUCGACUUCGUCAAGCCCAAGCUCGUCCCGUGGACAGAAGAAAAAGACGGUGAUAUCGGCGACCUGUAUCGUCUAUACAGAAAAUUGAUUCAGGACGCGGACGAGAAGUCACGGAUAUACGAGUUCUUCUUCUUCGUCGACCGGGCGUGUCUCGGCACCGCCAAAGAAGGGGAGACCAAGACAAACAAGACGCAGAUCAUCCUCGCCCAACCAGACGCCUACACCCUCCAGUACUCCCCGGCCACAGUCACCGAGAUGCAGACCCUCCUCCGCACGCACGGCUCCGGCGUGUUGCCUGAGUGGGACGAAGGGCUCGCGGAGGAGUUGGACCGCGAGAUGCUGCUGCGGGCGCUGACGUACGGGCGGCUUCCGGUGGGGAUGUGGCGGGAUGCCUGGGCGAAUCUGGAUAUUGCGAAUAUGGAUAUGGGGGAGAUGGUGGAGGGGUUUGGUGGGGAUGGGGAGGAGAAGGGGGUCAUUGAGCGGGUGGACGAUCCGGCUUGGGAUGGGGAGGCGUUUGUUAGGAGGGUUGAGGAGGUGUAUAGGAAGAGGGAGGAGGAGAAUAAGGCGUAG